AUGGCUUCAGUCACGCCAACCAUCCGAAUCGGUUACGUACCCGAGCACUACCUCACGCCGCUCCAUCUGGCCCUCCGCUCUGCGGCCUCCCGCUCUCUCCCCUUCAAUGUCUCGCUGAUCCCCUUUCCCUCGGGAACGGGACAUAUGAUCACCUCGCUCCGCGAGAAGGAAAUCGAUGUCGCAAUCGGCCUGACCGAGGGCUGGGUCGCUGGCCUGGCCGGCAAGCAGCAGGCGCAGAAGGACCCGUCCGAGGGCGGGUACCGCAUGGUCGGCCAGUGGGUUGACACGCCGCUGCGCUGGGCCAUAGUCACCGGGCGCGAGCGCGACAACCUCCGCAGCGUCGCGGACUUGAAGGACCAGCGCGUGGGCGUGAGCCGUCUGGGAAGCGGCUCGCACAUCAUGUCCUUUGUCCUGGCGCAGCAGCAAGGCUGGCAGCCGGACUCGCUGGCGACGGUGCCGCUGGGCCCGUUUGGCGCGCUGCGCAACGGCGUGACCGGACACGACCAGCAGAACGGCGAGCCGACGGCCGAGUUCUUCAUGUGGGAGCACUUCACGACCAAGCCGUACUUCCACGCGACGGCGGAGACUCCGCGCCCGCCGCUCAAGAAGAUCGGCGAGAUCUACACGCCGUGGCCGUCGUGGAUGAUCGUCGCGUCGACGGCGGUCUUCCCGGACCCGCAGCAGGAUGAGCAGCUGGCGCAGCUGCUCCGCGUGCUGGACCAGGGCGUCAAGGACUUUGAGGCCGACACGGCGCAGGCGGUGCGCCUGCUGGGGACGGGCGAGUUGGGCUGUACGUAUGGCGAGGAGGAUGCGACGGAGUGGUUGAAGGAUGUGCGGUUUUCGCAUGGGGUUCGCGGCGUCGACCGCAAGAUGGUCGAGGAUGUCGUGGAUGUGCUCAAGGUUGCGGGUGUGAUUGAUGAGGGUAUGACGAAUGAUGAGGCGGUGCAGAGGGCUGUGGGCAUUCACCGGUGA